ACGGCAUCAGGGAAGGUGUGAAUGCUCAGAUAUAUUUUUGACAAGUGAAGAGACAAUUUGGCAAAUAUGCAUGCAGUAUAACUUGACCUUCUUUGCAGAAAGUGCUGACUGUGCUGCUCCACGGGGAGGCGUGAACAUCGACAUGUCCUUCAUGGUGUACGUGGCCCACCAGAAAGGGCUCCAGACAGAAGAGGAGAAGGCCCGGAUCAGCCACUGCAUGAUGGAGCUGGAGCUGCCUGUGUGGCACCAGGACUGCACUCUGGUUCUGGUGCAGAAGUCUCUGAGUGAACGUCUGAAACACUCUGCAGGGUCCCUGAGGAUGCCUCUUCACACAGGACUGUGCUGUGCAGGUCUGGACAUCUUUCCUUUAAAGGGGAAAGAUAUGUACCCAUUGAUAAUUGAAGAAUAUAACUUAUAAAUGCCUCAUGAGCUAAGUUCAACUGUCUUACCCCAUCAGAACCCAAAAUAUAAGCUUGUUUUAUUCGUAUUUUUGUAAACAAAGUAAAUGUAAACAAACAGCCUCAAAACAUGGUUAUAUCAAUAAUUGUAAUGUCAUCGAUGGUCUGUCCUUGCAACAAUAGCUCCCUCUAUGAAUUUGAGUGGUUACAUUUCUCCCACCC